CUCAGCGGCGGCGGUCCUCGCGCCUCUCUUGGCGGCGGCAGGCGGAGGCGGGCCCGCGGCGUCCUCGUUCAUUGGCCGCGGCGCGGGCGCUGCCAUGUUGGCGGAAGCGGUGCCUUCUGUGCGGUGGGAACUGGCAGUGCCUGCGCCCGCAGCGCCCGGGAGCGCAACCUCCUACCUUUCCUCCUCGCUCGAGUGUCGGCGCUGAGAGGCGGCGGCCGGCGGGAUGGAGAGAAGAAGAUUUCGACGUCGAUCAUUUUGUGUCUGACUGUAGGAAGCGUGUCCAGCUGGAGGAACUAAGAGGAGAUCUGGAACUCUACUAUAAACUUCUUAAAACAGCCAUGGUUGAGCUCAUCAACAAGGAUUACGCAGAUUUUGUCAACCUUUCCACAAACUUGGUCGGCAUGGACAAAGCCCUCAAUCAGCUUUCUGUGCCUUUGGGACAGUUACGAGAAGAAGUUCUGAGUCUCAGGUCAUCUGUCAGUGAAGGAAUUCGGGCAGUAGAUGAACGAAUGUGUAAACAAGAGGACAUAAGGAAGAAAAAGAUGUGUGUGUUGAGGCUUAUACAAGUUAUUCGAUCAGUUGAAAAGAUUGAAAAAAUCUUAAAUUCACAAAGUUCUAAAGAAACCUCUGCACUCGAAGCGAGCAGCCCGUUGCUCUCGUGCUUCUGCCCCUGUUCGCCCGCAUUUAGCAGACACUCGGUGCGCGGCCCUUCUGCAGGCCAUGUGUCUCCAGCAGCUCCACUUCGCUGCGGCCCUCCGCAGUGCCUGCAGCCCCUCCGGCCACGUCCUCGUUCGGUCCCUGGGGAGCCGGCCCUCCAGUGUUCUUCCCAUCUUUGCCAUUGCCGCUGCGCCCCUCGGAUAGAAACACCUCACCCCCUCUGGACUGGACAGAUUUUGGAGAGAAUUGCCACAGAAUUUAACCAGUUACAGUUUCAUGCUGUUCAGAGCAAAGGCAUGCCUCUUCUGGACAAAGUAAGACCAGUCCCUCUGUUCUUGCAGCGUAUAGCUGGCAUUACGGCCAUGCUGCAGCAGUCCCUGGAAGGCCUGCUGUUAGAAGGUCUUCAGACUUCCAAUGUUGACAUCAUACGGCACUGCCUACGGACCUACGCCACAAUUGACAAGACACGGGACGCAGAGGCGCUAGUCGGUCAAGUACUGGUGAAACCGUACAUGGAUGAGGUGAUCGUAGAACAGAUCGUUGAGUCUCAUCCGGACGGCCUAGAGAUCAUGUAUGCCAAGCUCCUGGAGUUCGUUCCUCACCACUGCCGCCUUCUUCGAGAGGUCACAGGAGGCGCCAUCUCAAGUGAAAAAGGCAAUACUGUUCCUGGAUAUGACUUUUUGGUGAACUCUGUGUGGCCAGAAAUAGUACGAGGAUUAGAAGAAAAAUUGCCUUCUCUUUUUAAUCCCGGGAAUCCUGAUGCAUUUCACGAGAAAUACACCGUAAGUAUGGAUUUUGUGAGAGCGUUUGAACAGCAGUGUGGAUCCCAGGCCAGUGUGAGGAGACUAAGAGCUCAUCCUGCCUAUCACAGCUUCAAUAAUAAGUGGAAUUUACCUGUUUAUUUUCAAAUAAGAUUCAGAGAGAUUGCAGGAUCCUUAGAAGCAGCACUCACCGGUGUGCUGGCGGACGCCCCAGCUGGCAGUCCCUUUUGCCUCCUGGCUUCUCACAGGACGUGGAGUGGCCUGCAGCGGUGCUGGUCGGCCAAGAUGUUCCUCCCGGGGCUGACGCAUCGGCUGUGGAGGCUCACGCUGCAGCUCCUGGCUCGGUACUCGGGCUUCGUCCGCGAGCUUUUACUCAGGCCCAUCUCUAAUGAAAGUGCCAAGGAUAUCAAAAAGCCUUUGGUAACUGGUAGCAAAGACCCUUCAGUUACCCAAGGAAAUGGUGAAGACCAAGGAAGUGGCCCUUCAGAAACAAAGCCCACGGUCUCCAUUUCCAGUACGCAGCUCGUGUAUGUGGUUGCAGACCUGGACAAGCUUCAGGAGCAGCUUCCAGAACUCUUGGAAACAAUCAAGCCAAAACUUGAAAUGAUUGGCUUUAAGAAUUUUUCUUCUAUCUCAGCAGCCCUGGAGGACUCCCAGACGUCUCUGUCAGCCUGUGUGCCUGCCUUGAGUAACAGAAUCAUCCAAGACUUAAGUGAGUCUUGUUUCAGUUACCUGAAAAGUGCCCUGGAGGUCCCCAGGCUUUACCGAAGAACCAAUAAGGAGGUGCCAACAGCAGCCUCCUCGUACGUGGACAGUGCUCUAAAGCCCUUUCACCAGCUUCAGAGCGGGCACAAGGAUAAGCUCAAACAGGCAAUAAUCCGGCAGUGGCUAGAAGGCGCCCUUUCUGAGAGCACUCAUAAGUAUUACGAAACCGUGUCAGACGUCCUGAGCUCGGUGAGGAAAAUGGAGGAGAGCCUGAAAAGGCUGAAGCAAGCCAGGAGAAGCUCUCCCGCCAACCCCGUCGGUCCCAGUGGCGGCGGCAUGAGCGACGAUGACAAGAUCCGGCUGCAGUUGGCCUUGGACGUGGAAUACCUGGGAGAGCAGAUUCAAAAGAUGGGCCUGGCGACAAAGGACAUAAAGAGCUUCCCCGCUCUCGCCGAGCUGGUCGCUGCCGCCAAGGACCAGGCAACGGCAGAACAGCCCUGAGCAUUUUGGAAGAGCCCACGGGGAGGGGAGAGCAGGCCAUGGAGCCUGAGGGGAGGAAAGCGGCUCUGUCCCCUCCCCAAGUCUCUGUGGCCCAGAAGUGGUGCACCGUGUCUCCAGCCACACCCCAACGCCACACCCCAACGCCGCUGCUCUCCGCACAUCAGGUGUCCUGUCACCCAGAGCAGAACACAGAAGCCUUUUUCCGUUGUAUGGAAGAUCGUUUUUAAGACACUUGAAACUUUCUACUAUA